UGCGAUCCGAGAAGCACGCAGCGUUGCCACUCGAGGAGGACAGCACAGCCCCAGGGGGUUUCAAGGGGAACCAUGGAAGCGCCUGGACUCCCCCGGGACGCCCACGCGGAGAACGCCACCACCGCCCCGGGGGACGGAGACUGGCUGAGGGUGCGGGUGCAGGAGAGCUGGUUCACCGUGCGGCGGGCCUCGCUGGCGAGGUGCAGCGACUACUUCCGCGCCCUCUUCCGCUCCGGGAUGACGGACAGCCGGCGGGACGAGCUCCACCUGAAGGGAGGAGUGCGCGCGAGGGGUUUCCUCGUCGCCCUCGCCGUCUGCAGGGGGGAGGCCCCCCCCGUCGGUGACCCGGGCGAGCUCGUCGAGGCCGUGGAGUGCGCCGCCUUCCUGCAGGUGGCGUGCUUGGUGCGGCACCUCUGCGACAUCGUCGACUCGGACAACUGCCUGCUGCUGUACCACGCGGCCUCCGUCUACGGCGUGCGCGCCCUCUAUCGCAGCGCGGCGCGGUUCCUCCGCGACGCUCUCGGCGACUUGGAGGAAGCGGCCGAGAGCGCGAUACCCGAGGACCUUCUUCGCUAUGCCCGGUCACUGUCUCCCGCUACCUACGUUGCUAUAGGCACCCACUCUCCUUCGAUGGAACUGCUGCAGGACUCCUUCAGGGUGGUUUGCUACCUCGAUGAGAAGGAAGGAGACUGGAAGCAUCUGACGAAUCUCCCAACCCUGUGCAGCACCUCCAUGGCGGGAGUGGCGGUGCUCGACAACCGAUUGUACAUCGUAGGCGGAGUGUACGGCUACGGUAAGGACACGGUGGACCGCGGCUUCUGCUACGACCCCGACUCGGGGGUCUGGAGCAUUCUCCCAGGUCCUCAGCAGCUCAGGUACGACUUCACCCUGCUGGGGCACGAGGGCCGACUCUACGCCAUCGGGGGAGAACUCCAAAAGAAGACCACUUCCACGGCGGAGAGUUACGACGUCGACAAAGGCGAGUGGUCGUUCAUACGACCUGCGCCCAGGCCCGUGGCCUCGGCGGCGUGCGCCGUCGCGAGGCGGCGGAUGUUUGUUUGCUUCUGGCGGCCGCCGGACACCACCGACAUCUACGAAUACGUGCCAGCGGAGGACGAGUGGAGACUUGCGACCACCAUGGUCAGGCCUCAGAGCUACGGCCACUGCAUGGUGGCGCACAGGGACAACCUCUACGUGAUGCGCAACGGGCCCGGCGACGACUUCCUGCGCUGUCUGAUGGACCGCUACAGCAUCACGACGGGCCAGUGGACAGCAAUGCCCGGGACGUACAUCAACAGCAAGGGGGCGCUGUUCUCCGCCGCGGUAAAGGGCGACUCGGCGUUCACGGUGAAGCACAUGCUGACCCUGGAAUACGCCAUCACCGGGGAGGGGUGGAAACCCCGCCGGCAGAUGAACGAGUUCCCAAAAAGCGGUUCGCUGUGGACAUGUCUGCUCAGGCUUCCCACGACAGGGCCCGUCACGCCACAGUCGCAGGAUGCGGAAGAAGAAAUGUCGCCGCCGGACAAAUAUGAGGGAUUUGUGGAAGCUCUAAUGCAAAUGUGAUAAUACUGCUAAAAUAAGUGUGUUUGUUUUUAUGAGGAAGUAGAAAUUGAUUUCUAAAAAACAGGUACCCUAACCUGGACAAUCGCAGCGUGUGACCACUGAUAUGGAUACUAGUGCUGUCAACGACAUUAAUGUAAAAGUGAAAAAUGUAUAUGGAAAAAAAUUAAAAAAGGACGAUUCAUUUUGAGUUAACAAUGACAUAAAUGCGAUUAAUCAUGAUUACAUAUUUUAAUCGUUUGACAGCACAAAUGAUUACACUGAAAGACUAGUGGAAACAAUGCUACUCUUUUAGAGCUUCAAUACAAGUCUCAGAAUACAAAAAUGAUAGUAAUGCAUUCACUUCUGCAAAAACACACACACACGUGCUGACACUACGCAUUUAGUCUGAUUAGAAACAGCUGGAGUUUAUAUAUGGCAAGGCUACUGUGCAUGUGUGUGUGUGUGUGCGUGCGUGUAAAGUUCAAAGGCUCUGACGGGAUGUUCUAAACCUCUCAUCCCCUACGACUUUCCUGAAGUCACACUGCGCCAAUUCAGGAGCCACCGGCCUCCCACUUGACAUAAAACACACCACGGCUCUCUCGCGUGCUCCAGGCUACUCACUUCCUCAGGUUGGCUCUGGCCCGUGACGGAUUAAAUACCUGUUUCUGUGGGAGAAUGCAUUUCACGUAGCCCUGAGGUUGUGACCACCGCUGGUGGGAAAAAUCCUUUGGCUUGUACAAACACAGACUGCAUUUGUUUUAGAAUAUUAAAAAUCGAUAAAAUGAUCUGCCAA